GUGCAACCCACCAGAAAGAAGCUUCACCAAAUACAAAAGAAGAGAGAGUCUUUCACCGUGACACUGUAACUAGUUCUCAUGGCUUCAAGAAGAGUUUCCUCGUUGUUAUCUCGCUCAUCUUCUCUCUUCUCUCUUAGAGGGAAAGACUCUUUUAUGAACAGAGGAACUCGCAGAUACAGCAACCUUGCUGCUUCUCUAGAAGACACUAUUACUCCACCUGUGAAAGUUCAGCACACUCAGCUCCUAAUCAACGGGAAGUUCGUUGAUUCUGCCUCAGGAAAGACUUUCCCUACUUUGGAUCCAAGAACUGGGGAAGUGAUAGCUCAGGUGUCUGAAGGUGAUGUAGAAGACGUGAACCGUGCUGUUGUAGCUGCACGCAAGGCCUUUGACGAGGGACCAUGGCCUAGAAUGACUGCUUAUGAGAGAUCAAAGAUAUUGUUUCGUUUUGCUGACUUGAUUGAGAAACACAACGAUGAGAUUGCUGCUCUUGAGACUUGGGAUAAUGGGAAACCUUAUGAACAAUCUGCUAAGAUUGAGGUUCCUAUGCUUGCUAGGGUGUUCCGUUACUAUGCUGGCUGGGCAGACAAGAUCCAUGGAAUGACGGUUCCAGGAGAUGGUUCACAUCAUGUGCAGACACUCCAUGAGCCCAUAGGAGUUGCUGGACAGAUCAUCCCAUGGAACUUCCCUCUUCUCAUGCUCUCGUGGAAACUUGGACCUGCUUUAGCUUGCGGUAACACCGUUGUGCUCAAGACAGCUGAGCAAACUCCUCUCUCUGCUCUUCUUGUUGGAAGACUACUUCACGAGGCUGGACUUCCUGAAGGAGUUGUAAAUAUAGUCUCUGGAUUUGGUCCUACAGCUGGUGCAGCCAUAGCUAGCCACAUGGACAUUGAUAAGGUUGCUUUCACAGGGUCUACUGAUGUUGGAAAGAUUAUUCUUGAGUUGGCUUCGAAAAGUAACCUCAAGGCAGUGACUCUUGAGCUUGGAGGCAAGUCACCAUUCAUUGUAUGUGAAGAUGCUGAUGUGGAUCAGGCCGUUGAGCUUGCUCAUUUCGCUUUGUUCUUUAACCAGGGACAAUGUUGCUGUGCUGGCUCACGUACAUUUGUACAUGAACGUGUCUAUGAUGAAUUUGUAGAGAAAGCUAAAGCUCGUGCAAUGAAUCGCGUUGUUGGAGAUCCCUUCAAGUCAGGCAUUGAGCAAGGUCCCCAGGUGGACUCAGAGCAAUUCAAGAAAAUCUUGAAGUACAUUAGACAUGGAGUUGAUAGUGGAGCCACCUUACAAGCUGGAGGUGACCGUCUUGGUUCCAAGGGUUACUACAUUCAACCCACUGUCUUCUCUGACGUCAAGGACGACAUGCUCAUAGCUAAAGACGAGAUUUUCGGACCAGUUCAGACCAUUCUUAAGUUCAAGGAUCUGGAUGAAGUGAUUGCAAGGGCAAACAACUCAAGAUACGGUUUAGCUGCAGGAGUGUUCACACAGAAUCUAGACACAGCAAAUCGGUUGAUGAGAGCACUCAGAGUUGGAAGCGUUUGGAUAAACUGUUUCGAUGUGUUUGAUGCCACAAUUCCAUUUGGAGGGUAUAAGAUGAGUGGCAUUGGAAGAGAGAAAGGUAUCUACAGUCUCAACAAUUACUUGCAAGUCAAGGCUGUUGUCACUGCCAUCAAAAACCCGGCUUGGCUCUAAACCUAACCAGGUUUUCUCUCCCUUGUGGUUUUUAAUAAUGGUUUUGCUUUGGGAAACCUUGAGUUGUAUGGUCUCUAGGUUUCCUAGAUUAUGAUGAUAAAUUUUACACAUUGUGUGAUGUAUGAAACAUUUCUUGGUGUUGAGGAAUAAGACCACUAUUUUAUAAACUUUGAAUAAAACAAUAGAAUCAAUGAAUGGUUUCUCUAUAAGCAGUGGAAACUAAAAGCUUUUUCACAGUAGUAAGUGGGAACAACAUUAAAAAAAACCCAUCAGUAUCUUCUGCACUAUUCAUGGGUUCUUCAUUUUGAUUCUGAGCUUUCUAGUGAUCUGUGAUGCUUUUGGAUGUACCGAUCUUCUCGUGUUAUCAGCAGACUGUUCUGCUUCCACCCAGUUUACAACUUGGAGAAUCAGAGACUGUGGAACCUUCUUAACAUCUGCAUCACCUGUGCCUUUACACUUCUUCAUCCCUUUAUCUAGAGCCUUUUCUAUAAACUCCAUGAACCAGUUUGCAGCUUCUUUCUCUAUCUCUUUAGCCAACCUCGCUGUGUUUCCUAACCCGGAAGGAGGAGGAUGAGCUGAUGGGUUCUUGUUCUCAUCGUUUGAUCUCAGUUGCUUAUGGUUUUGCUGCUGCUUCAGUGUAGUAGUAGUUCUUCUCUUCGUUGCAGUUUUCUCCUGAUCAAUGGAGUUGUGAUUGAUUUCGCUAAGUAUCAAAGAAGUUGAUCCAUCUUCGGUCUUGGUCUCACUAGCUGCUUCAAUGGAAGAGAUUUCGCUCAUGGUUUCAGAUAUCUGCUUGUGAAACUCCAAGAACUUCUCGAAACACGCAGCAGGACAAUCAAGUUUUGCUGAUUUGCUAAGAUUGGCUACUGUCCUGUAUUUCCGCAAGAACCUUGAUCACAUUCUCAAACGAGAAAAGAACAUAAAUCAUACAAAUGAAAACAACAAAAGGGAGAUUCAGUUGUAUACUUG